AUGACCCUGCCCGUUACUAUCCGGUUGCUAUGUAGUGUAAUCCCUAUAUCAGUAGCCUGUCCACUCCAACACUGUUUUUCUCUUUCCUCCACCCCUCACUCCAUCUCUCUCUCUCUCUCUCUCUCUCUCUCUCUCUCUGUAUUGCAGGUGGUAAGCAGGAGUGUAUCUCUGUCUCCUCCAGCCCGCCUGCCCCUAUUGGUCAGAAGCGCCCGCUCCGUGUCCAGCUCCCCAGUGCUCGCCGCUGCCCCCGGUGGUGGCGCCAGAGCCGCGCAGCGUCCGCCGGCCUGGCCGGAGCGGGCCAAUAAGCCUCCGUCGCCAUGGGAGGCGGCCUCCCGACACCCGCUGGGCCUAGUGGACGAGGCCUUCGCCUUCCAGAACCUUCAGCAGUCGCUGGCGUCCAGCGUGAAGUCCGCCGCUAACCGCAAGCAGCUGCCGACUCCGCCCCCCGAGUGGACGGCCCGCGUGGCCUACGAGGCCCCGCCCAGAUCGCUCAGCUCCGCCUCCUCCAUGUUGAGCCGCACCUACAGCUCCUCCCUCUCACGCAGCCACACCCCUCCGCGCUCACCGCAGCCCUUCCUGUCUCCCACCAAGAGCUCCGCCUCUGCGCCUGCCUCCGGAGCCCUUUACUCCGCCUCCUACAGGCAGACCCCGCCUCUUCGGUCGCUCACGGAGGUCAGUCUCGGCCCGCCCUGGGCCAGACCCUCCCCAGCCCAAACCCACGCACAGGGCCGGUACCGGUCCAGUUACACCUGGAGACGCUAAACUCGGCCAAGAUGGAGUCCCGCUGCAUGACCCGAUGACCUCAACUCACGGGGAGACCUACAGGAAGACCUCCAGACUGCAGCACACCGACCCACACGGGAGACUUCUAGAACACAGCCCAGAGAGAGACUUCUAGAACACAGCCCAGAGAGAAACUUCUAGAACACAGCCCAGAGAGAAACUUCUAGAACACAGCCCAGAGAGAGACUUCUAGAACACAGCCCAGAGAGAGACUUCUAGAACACAGCCCAGAGAGAAACUUCUAGAACACAGCCCAGAGAGAGACUUCUAGAACACAGCCCAGAGAGAAACUUCUAGAACACAGCCCAGAGAGAAAGAGAGACUUCUAGAACACAGCCCAGAGAGAAACUUCUAGAACACAGCCCAGAGAGAGACUUCUAGAACACAGCCCAGAGAGAAAGAGAGACUUCUAGAACACAGCCCAGAGAGAAACUUCUAGAACACAGCAGAGCCAUAUAAAGAGAGAGUUGCGACAACCCGGGUACAGAAAAUUCGGUUUGUGACGUGGUUCGUGUAACUUCAAGUAGUUCAAAUAGUUCCCGGAAGCGAUUUUGACUGUUCGUUAGAAUCAUAAAAUAACCGUCUUUUACUGUCUGUUAACGAGUGUUCGAUCCUAACUUCCGGGAACUUCUGUUCCGGGAACAGAACACAGCCCAGAGAGAAAGAGAGACUUCUAGAACACAGCCCAGAGAGAGACUUCUAGAACACAGCCCAGAGAGAAAGAGAGACUUCUAGAACACAGCCCAGAGGGAAAUGGAGACUUCUAGAACACAGCCCAGAGAGAGACUUCUAGAACACAGCCCAGAGAGAAAGAGAGACUUCUAGAACACCCCCCAGAGAGAGACUUCUAGAACACAGCCCAGAGAGAAAUGGAGACUUCUAGAACACAGCCCAGAGAGAAAGAGAGACUUCUAGAACACCCCCCAGAGAGAGACUUCUAGAACACAGCCCAGAGGGAAAUGGAGAGAUGUUUUGAACCCUCCCCAGACAGGAGCGCAGCACUUGGCGGGGCAGACUGCUCUGGUGGAGCUUUUGGCGACGGAGGAGAGGAAGUUUCCAGAGAAUGUUCCCUGAAAGAAGGAUUGUGUGUCAAAGAGAGGAACAUGGAAAAAUGGAAAAGUGACCCGAGUGGUUUGGCAGAGUUUGGAACUUUGUUCUGGUCAUUUCCAGCACUCUGGUUUGUUUACAGAAAUGAUGUAGACAGAAGAGAGAGAGCGAGUGUGCGUGUGUGUGUGUGUGUGUGUGUGUGUGUGUGUGUGCGCGCAUGUGUGUGUGUGUGUGUGUGUGUGCAUGUGUGUGUGUGUGUGUGUGUGUGUGUGUGUGUUAAAGCCAUAGUAAGUGAAGUGAAGUUGAUAGAAGACAGGAUGUCGGGCUGAUGGACUGCUGAUGACCCUCAGGUGUGAAGGCCAAUCAUGGAGCAGAUUUAUGAGACUGGACCUCCGCACCACACACACACACACACACUCUCUUUCUCAUACACAUACACACACACACACACAUGGACACACACACGGACAAUAGAAAGGCCUCUUAGCUGAAGUGAGCGUGCAUUGAUUCAGAGUUUAUAACUGUGUACAUCACAGUAGCAGGAGACUGGCCCAUAUAUCAUUGAUCGUGCCAACCCACACCACACACACACACACACACACACAAACACCACACACAUACAGUACACACACACACACACACACACACACACAUUCACACUCACACACACUCACACACACACACACACACACACACACCACACACAUACUGUACAGUACACACACCACACACAUACACACACCACACACACACACACACAACACACACACACACACACACACACACACACACACACACAAAUCAGAAGCCUUUAUUAAUGUAAGCUCCACACAGACCAAUCAGAAGCCUUUGUUUAUUUGAGCAUCCAAUGGACCAAUUAAAUGCCUUUGUUUUUGUAAGCACCAAAUGGACCAAUCAGACGUCUUUCUAAUCCCGAGCUGUACACUUCCUAAUGACACACCUCCUCCAGGGCCAAUCACAAGGCUUUAUUCUCAAUAGCGUUUUGAAUAGCAUAUGCUAGUGUUCCAUCUCCACUCUCCAGUAUGAGAACUCGAAGAUGGCGUGUUUUCAGUGUCCUUUGUGUUUAUGUGUGUGUGUGUGUGUGUGUGUAUGUAUGUGUGUGUGUGUGUGUGUGUGUGUGUUUUCAGGUGUCCUUUCCCCCCAGCAGGGAAGAGAGACUUUAGGACCGUGUGCCGGACACUGUGCCUACUGUUAUGGAGUGUGUGUGUGUGUGUGUGUGUGGGACCCCUCCUUUAUGCCUACUGUUAUGGAAUGUGUUGUAUGUGUUGAUCACAGUCUGGGGGUGUGUGUGUGUGUUUUUGAUUUAUCACAUUUGAUUUGAUUUAAUUUGAUUGGGUGGAGACGUGUUGAUUACUAUAUGAGUUCCUGUGGUGGAGGCCUACACAUUAGUUUGUUUGUGUGUGUGUGUGUGUGUGUGUGUGUGUGUGUGUGUGUGUGUGUGUGUGUGUGUGUGUGUUUAGUGAAGAUAGUGUCACAAUCAUGUACUGAUGUUCAUGUCUCAUCUCUACCAACACACAAUAAACUUCCACUUGUGUAUCUGA